AUGAAAGAUCUUUUAAACGCUAUAAGAGAGCUGCCACUGGACUCAAGAACCGUGAAUUUACUACAAGGUAUUACUGGAUCACUCUCUGUAAAUUCUUUGUUCCAGUUGAGAAGCUUGGUGCGCCAUUUUCAACUUCACGAGGAUUCCAAAUCUCUAGAUGCAAUUAUCUACAACACAUACUUCCACUGGAGUAACUAUCAGCUACCGCAUCUGAAAAGUUUCAGAGUGCACUAUAGUGAGUUGCGGGACCAUUGGCCCUACGAGCGGCAUAGAAUGCUUUUCACAAUGGCAUCACCCAAAAAAACCUCACUUCGUUACAUGUGGAAUGACUGCAAACCCAAGGUUCUGGCAGCUAUGCAAUACAACCAGCAUAGAUGGCCCACCUCCAAGAUACCCUACUGCCUCCCUGAGAUCCAGCGAACGCUGCUUUUCAACGAGAUCUUUCAGCAUUAUCUAUUUCUGAAAAAGCAUCCUCAUCUCUGCAAGAACAAGAGGCAACUCCCGGUUCCCAUAGUUGAGAUUCCUAUGAAACCGCUGGGUCAGGACAUAGCUGACGUUCGAAUUGCUAAUCUUUUUAAACGCAAGGUCGCAGAAACGUGGACAUUUCUAGCAGAGGACAACCCGGCUUUAUCUCUCGAAAAUGAAGAGUUGCUUCUCAACAUCCUUAAUUCACCAAAUUCUGCAGGCGUGAAAUCCUCACGAUGGCUGCGGCGUAUGUACCAGCGUGCUUGCAGAAGAGCAUACGUCGUGCGCCCGCACCCAGUUAUUGGUUUAGCAAUCGAACCAAGUAAAUUGGUAAAAAUACUUUGA